AUUCAAACCUAUCAGCGGUUUUUAUGAGAGUUUGGAAGAAUGAAGGUGAAAAGAGUAAAGCAUGCAAGAAAAUUUCUGACUUUGUUCAAGAAUUCCUUUGGGAUCUUUGAGCCUUACCAAAUAUUAGUUGAUGGUACUUUCUGUCAGGCGGCAUUGCAGACUAAAAUCAAUAUCAAGGAACAGUUACCAAAAUACUUAGAUGGAUCUAUUCAGUUAUGUAUCCUUAUAUGCCUAUAUGAGCUUGUUGUCCUCAAGCUGUUAUACAUGUACAGGUAUCUUAAAGAGUUUGGCAAUUUAAAAUUCCUUUGUUGCUUGUUUAUCAAAGGAACUGAGAACCAAAAUGGUUACUUUGUUGCAUCACAGGAUAGAACUUUGAGAAGGCAUUUACAGAAAGUUCCAGGUGUGCCUCUUCUCUUUAUAAAUCGCAACACAAUACUUCUUGAGAAACCUUCAACCACAUCCCAUCAAGCAUCUGAAAAGGUUGAAAUGUCUCGUCUCCAACCUUCUAAACAUGAAAAAGAAACGCUAGAAAAGCUGAGCGACUCCACAACAGAACUAAAACCACGCCGUAAACGAAAACGACCGGGGGGGCCAAAUCCACUCUCGGUACUGAAAAGCAAGAGGAAAAAGGACGACAAACACUCAGCUAGCGACGAUACCAAGAAAAAACGAAUUCGUAAAAGAAAACGGAGGAAACUGGCGUCACACGUGCAAGAUGCUCUACGGGAACACGUGACUGCAAGUGCCUCAUAAGGUCGGCAGAACUCUAUUAGUAGGCUGGUGUUAUUUAUUACAAAAAUGUGCAAUAGUUUCGGAGUGACAUUUUUCUGGAAUAUUAUGAUUCCACAA